CUUUUUCCGGAAACUGACUGUCAUCUGAUUUCUUGUUUCAGCUUCCUUGUUAGCUAUCUCACGUUAAGCAGCAAAACAUUUGUGCUACUUUGUUUCUCUCUCUAUUUUCGGAUAAUCUCCUUACGAAAAACCUAUAACAACUUAUCGCCAAAAUUAUGGACGAGACGAGUCCGCUUGUCUCUCCUCUACGUGACUCAAAUGAUUACAGCUACGGUCCCACAGAGCCUGCCAGCCCGCGGGGCUCCUUUGGAGGCACGCCGGGCUCUGUGGUGCGCAUCCCCGCCGGUAGUCCGAGUCGCAGUCGCGAAAGGCAGCCGCUGUUGGACCGGGACCGCGGCACUGCGUCGCGGGAGCCGCAUCGGAAUGAAUUCCCGGAGGAUCCCGAGUUCCGAGAGAUCAUCCGCAAGGCCGAGCGAGCUAUCGAGGAGGGGAUCUACCCAGAGAGGAUCUACCAAGGAUCCAGUGGUAGCUAUUUUGUCAAAGACUCGCACGGGAAGAUCAUCGGUGUGUUCAAGCCGAAGAAUGAAGAACCCUAUGGCCAGCUUAACCCGAAAUGGACUAAGUGGCUCCAGAAACUGUGCUGUCCAUGCUGUUUUGGUCGUGACUGUUUAGUUCUAAACCAGGGCUACCUCUCGGAGGCCGGUGCUAGUCUGGUUGACCAGAAACUAGAGCUCAAUAUUGUUCCAAGGACCAAGGUGGUAUACUUGGCAAGUGAGACGUUCAACUAUAGCGCCAUAGACCGGGUCAAGUCUCGAGGGAAAAGGCUUGCCUUGGAGAAAGUCCCAAAAGUGGGUCAGCGCUUCCAUAGGAUUGGGCUGCCUCCUAAGGUUGGCUCCUUCCAGCUCUUUGUUGACGGAUAUAAGGAUGCAGAUUUCUGGCUUCGCAGGUUUGAAGCAGAACCUCUUCCAGAGAACACCAACCGUCAGCUUCAGCUGCAGUUUGAGCGCCUAGUAGUACUUGAUUACAUCAUCAGGAAUACAGACAGGGGAAAUGACAACUGGCUGCUCAAAUAUGACUGCCCCAUGGACCCUGUAGGGAACCGAGACACUGACUGGGUUGUAGUGAAGGACCCAAUAAUUAAGCUGGCAGCCAUAGACAACGGUCUAGCUUUCCCUCUCAAACAUCCUGACUCUUGGAGAGCAUAUCCUUUCUACUGGGCAUGGCUCUCCCAGGCCAAAGUUCCUUUCUCUCAGGAAAUCCGGGAACUUGUUCUGCCAAAACUAUCGGACCCAAAUUUUAUUAAAGACCUCGAGGAGGACCUCUAUGAACUAUUCAAGAAAGAUCCUGGUUUUGACAGAGGACAGUUUCACAAGCAGGUCGCUGUCAUGAGGGGCCAGAUUCUGAACCUGUGCCAAGCACUAAAGGAUGAUAAAACACCCCUCCAGCUGGUCCAGAUGCCCCCGGUGAUCGUUGAAACAGCCAGAGCCCCCCAAAGAGCCAAUAGUGAGUCAUACACGCAGAGUUUCCAGAGUAGAAGACCUUUCUUUACCUGGUGGUAGGGAGCAUGCUUUGGGAUAGAUUGAAUGACCACGGUCCCCGCCUCUCUGAAUGGACGCUAUAAUUACUAAACGUGAGUGUAUGAGUAGAGAGAAGAGGUGAAUAGGGGAAGAAUUUCACACCUUCUCUUCCUUGUUUGCCCUGGUGCCUUGUUUGGAUGUGAAGAAGUUUAAAAUAGUCCUUCUUACAAAGAGACGUCAGACUGUUCUAUUGGACUCCCCACGUGUGAUUGCCCACAUGUGCAUGCCAAUAAAAAAAAACAAAAAAAAACUAAGGUCGUCUCACUGAAGACGGGAGAUGUCGGGUCCCACGUCGUUUUCUUCAUGCCGCUCUGCCUAUUAACAUUCCCCUGCAUAUUUCCCACUCCCACACUGUUGAAUGAACAACACUGGCCUGGCCUAUUUUUACGAUGUAAAAGUGUUCAUUUGUAUAUGACGCUCUGAACAUUUGGAAAAUAAGACACAUAGAGCACGUUUCGACAUGGUGAGCACGAAAUCUGAGGUGGUUUCACAUCUUGACGACUCUCCAAAACAGUUGACAUCAGGUUGUUGAAAUCAUGUGGGGUGAUAUCUGUGAGCAGAGGUACGCGUGCUUAGAGAAGGUUUUGUUGCACGGUGAUAAUUACCAGCCCAAUUAUUCCACUUUCACUGAUGAGUUAGACAACCAGUGCUGAGAAAAGAUCACCUGGGCUACUGCUAAUAAUUGGUAUGGAGCAUUUCCUCCUACUUUUCAGGUGGAGCUGUGUGAAGUAACGUCCUGGUGUACAGAACAAACAUGAAAUGUAAUGUGACAAUGCACUGUAUAAUUUGUAUGUAAUAUUUAAUAGAUUAUAAUAAUAAAAAAAAACAUCCAUUCAUACAGUGAGUUUGUGCAUGAAAAUCUUAUUUACGAGCUGAACCCUAUUAUUUGACCUUCGUAGUCUUGUUGAAUACAGUGGUAUGA